AUAUACUCGCAAACCUUUAUUUGGUGCACUUUAACCUCUGGCCUUGAUUUUAGUCAGUAUUAGGACCAGACAGGUAACGGUCUAAAAACCUUCCAACUCUUUUUACUGUCAAAGAAAAAAGUCAAAAGAAUUAUCUGUGAUGGCGGGUAGAGUUAACGAAAUUAAGGAACAAAUUGCCAAAUCCCUUCACGAUUCAUCAAAACCAUGGACUCCGUUAUUAAAAAAUCUCGAAGUGAAAACAGGAGUAGACAGGCUCUACAUAUUUUUGGGUUCUGUGGCCUUAAUAGCACUCUGGCUGGUAUUUGGCUUCGCUGCACAAUUGGUGUGUAACUUUGUUGGAUUCUUGUAUCCGGCAUAUGUUUCAAUCCGUGCCAUCGAGUCCGCAAAUAAGGAUGAUGAUACCAAAUGGUUGACUUACUGGGUUGUGUUUGCACUCUUUUCCUUGGUAGAAUUUUUUGCUGACUUCAUAGUAGGAUGGUUCCCAUUAUAUUGGCUUAUCAAGUGUCUGUUCUUGGUUUGGUUGAUGGUACCUAUUGAAUUCAAUGGAUCCUUAGUUCUUUACAAGAAAAUCGUUAGACCAUACUUCUUGAAACACCAGCAAAGUGUUGACUCUAUAUUAGACAAGGCUAAAGAAGGAGCCCACAAACUUUUGGAAAAGACAGAAUGAACGCCUAAAACUCAAAGCUUUUAAAAGACUUUUACUAUAAUUAUUGUGGAUUGUUAAAUUUUUUUGAUGUGUAGUGUUUUUUUUAUUUUUGCCACAUUAUCUCGUAUUUUUGAAUUGAAAAAUUGACACAGAAGGCUUAUACAAUAUAUUAUAUUACACUUUUUAAAUUAUCAAUGUAAUGGUUAAAAAAUAUACUGUUUGGAAAUA